CUUCUAUGGAGGGUGUGUACUAUUUAUUGAACGAGUCUCAUACUGGUAUGUACACACCUUCCGUACACCUCCCUGUAGAAACAUCAAGCAAUGGAAAACCCAGGAGCAGGAUCAGUGGAGAACAUGCAUCUGCCUGCCAAUGAAGAGGUUAAAAAAUGUCUGCAGCCCUUUCUACUGUCCAUUGGACAGUUGGAGAAGGUGAGGGAUCUGACGCUGGAUAACAUGGAAAGAGGACUGAAAGCCAAACCAAGGACACAGUCGACUUUAAAAAUGCUUCCCACAUAUGUCCGUUCUACUCCAGAUGGCACAGAACUUGGUGAUUUCUUGGUACUGGAUUUGGGAGGAGCCAAAUUUCGUAUUCUCAAGGUAAAGUUAAGCUGUGCUUCUGGAGUAGAGAUGGACAGUGAAGUAUUUGACAUAUCUGAAGACAUUAUGACUGGAACCGGCGAACAGCUGUUCGACCACGUUGCUGAGUGCCUUGGCCAUUUCCUUCAACAUCGCAACCUCAGUAAAGAGGUUUUCCAGCUGGGGUUUACUUUCUCAUUCCCUUGUGAGCAGAGUCAGCUAGACAAGAGUGUACUCAUCUCCUGGACUAAAGGCUUCCGCUGUUCCGGAGUAGAGGGGAAAGAUGUUGUCCAGUUAUUGAAAGAUGCCAUCCAAAGACGUGGGGAUUAUAAGGUGGAUGUUGUUGCCAUUGUCAAUGACACAGUUGGAACAAUGAUGAGUUGUGGCUAUAAGGACCACAGCUGUGAGGUUGGAUUUAUCGUUGGUACUGGUACCAAUGUCUGUUACAUGGAGGAGAUGGGCAAUGUGGAAGCUGUGGAAGGCGAUGAAGGCACAAUGUGCAUCAACUUGGAAUGGGGAUCACUUGGAGAUGAUGGGGCACUAAAUGACAUUUUGACCCAGUAUGAUUUGCAGGUGGAUCAGACAUCCACAGUACCUGGGAAGCAACGCUUUGAUAAAAUGAUUAGUGGAUUGUAUAUGGGAGAAAUAGUACGUCAUGUGCUUGCCAAACUGACCAAUCGGGGAUUACUUUUUGGUGGUGUUUCAACACAACAGCUUCUUGACAAAGGAACUUUUGGAACCAAGGAUGUGUCGGACAUUGAGAAUGACAAUUUUCCUUUUGAGAAAACUAAAAACGUUUUGACUGCCUUGGGUCUAAAGCCGAGUGAAAAGGACUGUGUCCAGGUCAAUUGUGUGUGCAGUGCCGUGUCUAUGAGGUCUGCCAGGUUGUGUGCUGCUGGACUUGCUGCAGUCGCUAACCGCAUAAAGAAUAAUCGGCGGCAUCAAUUGGGUAGCAUCACAGUGGGCGUCGAUGGAUCUGUAUACAAAACAAACCCCAGGUUUGGAGAACAUCUCAACCAAGCUUUGAAAGAGCUUGCACCAGGAUGCCAAAUUAAGUUUCUAGUUUCUGAGGAUGGAAGUGGAAAGGGCACUGCCAUAGUAACGGCUGUAGCACAGCGACUUGCAUCCCAGAGAAAGCACAUUGAUAAAAUCCUCGCCCCAUUUCUUAUGUCCCAUGAAAAGCUAAUAGAAGUUCAAAGCCGCAUGCGUAAUGAAAUGGAGAUCGGUCUACACAAACAGACACAGCCUGAAGCCACUGUGAAGAUGCUUCCUACCUAUGUACGUGCUACACCAGAUGGAACAGAAGAAGGAGAAUUCAUAGCUCUGGACUUAGGCGGUACCAAUUUCAGAGUAUUGUGUAUUAAUGUGGGCUUGAAAAAUGAGAGUGGAGUACAGAUGAAAAGCAAGACCUUCACCUUGCCUACUGAAGUGAUUCAAGGAACUGGUGAGGCGCUCUUUGAUCACAUUGUGAACUGUAUCACAGAAUUUCAGAAGGAAAAUGGCCUUCAAGGAAAAAAACUACCUCUGGGCUUCACCUUUUCUUUUCCUUGUAAGCAGACCAGCCUUGAUCAGGGCAUCCUGAUUUCAUGGACCAAGGGAUUCAGUGCAUCUGGUUGUGUGGGAGAAGAUGUCGUCAGGCUUCUUAGAGAGGCAGCCAAUAGAAACAAUAACCAUGAUUUCCGUGUGGUAGCGCUGGUGAAUGAUACAGUGGGAACAAUGAUGUCAUGUGGAUAUGAUGAUACAGCCUGUGAGAUUGGACUGAUAGUAGGCACAGGAACAAAUGCUUGUUACAUGGAGGAGAUGAGGAAUGUGGAAGUGCUGGAAGGCCAUGAGGGAAAGAUGUGUAUCAAUAUGGAGUGGGGGGCAUUUGGAGACAACGGGUACCUUGAUGACAUUACUACUUCCUUUGACAGCAAUGUAGACAAGUUUUCAAUAAAUCCUGGAAAGCAAAGGUAUGAGAAGAUGAUCAGUGGAAUGUACCUGGGAGAGAUUGUACGCCAAGUUCUAAUUGAACUCACAAAGGAUAGGAUUUUAUUCCGUGGCAAAAUCUCAGAACAGUUAAAUACCAGAGACCUCUUUCCUACAAAGUACUUAUCUCAAAUUGAAAGUGAUAGUCUGGGGCUCCUGCAGGUGCGAUCCAUUUUAACGAAGCUUGGUCUGAACAGCACAUGCGAUGAUACGGUCAUAGUGAAGGAGGUGUGCACUAUAGUCUCCAAGAGAGCAGCUCAACUGUGUGCUGCUGGCAUUGCCGCUGUUGUUGAAAAGAUGAGAGGAAGUCGGGGCCUUGACCAUUUGAAAAUCACUGUAGGUGUAGAUGGAACUUUGUACAAGCUGCACCCCCACUUUGCUGGUGUGCUUCAGAAGACAGUGAAAACAUUGGCUCCCCAAUGUGAUGUUUCUUUCCACCUAUCUGAAGAUGGUUCUGGUAAAGGGGCGGGCCUAAUUACUGCUGUUGCAUGCCGUGUUGCUGAUGCAGAGCCACGGGCAGCUUAAAAAACCCCCAGAACUUAAGACUGUUUAGGUAUAGAGGGAGGGCUUUGUGCACUGCUGGUGCAUGCUGUGUUGCUGAUCCAGAGCACAGACUGCUUAAAGGAACUGCAUUAUAUGAAUGUUUAUCAUGCAGAAC